CCGCUCGACGCUAGCUCGCUCGAUGCAUCAUUCGAGUCGCCAUCUUGUCGAACAAAAUAAUACUCGUGAUCAACUUUUGAUUCGAUACGCGUUCAUAAUCGUUUUACCAUCAGAAUUUGGGCGGCAAAUUGACUAUCAAUCGGCAUCGAUAAAAGAUCACCAUGAAGAAAUGUUCAUCGGUUGUGUGGCGAUUCUUCGAUCGGGUUGAAAAUGAAAACAAGAGAUGUUUUGCUGUGUUGUGUAAAUUGUGUGAUACUCAAUACAAGUUUUUCGGGAAUACGACUAACCUGAGAGCUCAUUUAAUCAACAAGCACCCACUGCAAUGGGAAUUAUCACAGAGCGGUACCUUCGAUGAAUCGAGUUUCCGUGUGGAAGAUGACGAGUCCAAUCAGUCUACCCUAUCGCCAAAACGAAGAAAGUAUAAGGGCUACAAAGACAAAAACGUACGUUAUUCAAUAUCAGUUGAUAAUGCAAGAAAUACGGGAGCCGGGCGAAUCCCGAAAAUCGAAAUACAAAGGGUUGAUGUUCUCGAGAACACGGACUUAGAAAAUGAGGCAAAUGAGAACGAAGAAAAUGAAGCCACUUACAACUUGGUCCGACAGCUUCAUGACAACCGGGGAUCAGAUGAAGAAUGGCUCGAAGAAGACCACUACGCUGCUGUAGACACUACAUUUGAGCCAAAGCGCAAGAGAGUGUACAGGAAGAUCAAACGUGAAGUAAUUACACCGCCACCACGACGCAGAUCUUCCACUUAUGUACCUCACACAAUCAAGACACCGUUAAUUCUUGAUCAGUCUACGAGUUUUAGAGAUGAGUAUGCUGUGUUCGGGGAAUACGUUGCCAACAAGCUCCGCAAGUUCAAGGGUCCUCGAACACGUGGGAAUUUGCAGCAGUUGAUUACAACGAUACUGUGGCAAGCCGAGUAUGGGACGUAUGACAAUGCUGACGCUGUGAAACGGGUGCUUAUGUACACUGCACAGGAGCCAGAGCAGUCUCCUGAUUUAGAAACGCACAUCCAUGUUCAGGCGGAAGAAGUAGUUGAAGAACAGGGAGACCAAGAACCAAACCAAAGCGCAGAAUCGGAGAGUUUAGUCACUAUGGCAGAAUAGAUUAAUAGUUGUUUGCUUAGUUUAUGGGACGUUGCAUUGGUGUUAAUUAAGUAUAUUUUUUGGUUUAUUUUGAAAUAGCCGCGAGUCAAAUAGUUUUUAAUUUUGAAACACAAUUAGCAACACUGACUGUUACAUCAUGUAUGUAAUCAUUUAAAAGAUUUUGUUAAUAAAACUACAAGACAUUA